GGAACAUUUGGAUUUCCACUUAUGUUGCAUAACUGUCUGGUCUCCUGGCCAGACCCUUACCGUUUCCUUCCUCGAUGGCUGAGACUCGCAACGCCCGGGUCCACGCGCCGGCGGUGGAUAUUCCGCUGAGUGAGCACACGUGUACUCUCUCCAUUGUUGACACGACAUGUGUGCUCACGGUACCUGCAGAGACUCUGGUCGAUCCUCCGAUCCUUGGACAUGAGUUGAUGAAUUUUCCCACCUUCUCGUUCCUGAUUAGCAAUUCCUCGUCUGGAAAGCAAAUACUGUUCGAUCUAGGAUGCAAGAAAGAUUUCUGGAACUUGCCUCAGCCGGUCGCAGAUGUAAUCGACGCCAAGGUUCCUGGAAUCAGUGUCAAUAAGAACCUCUCUGAGAUACUGGCCGAAGGCGGCGUUGAUACCAAUCGUAUCGACGCGGCAAUCAUCAGUCAUCACCACUAUGAUCACAUCGGUGACCCAAGCACAUUUCCACCAUCUAUGGAGCUAUUGGUAGGACCCGGAUUUUCUGAUGCCCUGUUGCCAGGAUAUCCCAAGAAUGAGGCGUCACCAAUAUUCGAGUCCGAUCUCGUUGGUCGAAGCGUGCGCGAGCUUGCCUUCUCAGAUCAACUAGCAGUCGCAGGAUACCGCGCCAUAGACUACUUCGCAGAUGGUAGUUUCUACAUCUUGGAUACGCCAGGUCAUGCAAUUGGACAUGUUUCAGCGCUUGCUCGCACAACAUCGAAUACUUUCGUCUUUCUCGGCGGCGAUAUUUGCCAUUUCGGCGGUGCAUUCAGGCCCACUCAGUACGUGCCUAUGCCAGAGAUCCUGACUCCACAUGAUGUUGGACACCAGAAACGGCGCGAUGAGCCCUACCCACACUCAAUAUUCACCAAUUGUCAUCCAGACCAAGCGAAUGCUAGGACUGUGCCAUACUAUACGCCGUGUUGCAGAUCGGAUGGAUGGUACGUCGAUCCUCCCCGUGCACUUGAGAGUGUCGAACAACUCAAAGCUCUGGAUGCGGAUGAUAGAAUUCUGGUUCUGAUUGCGCACGACCCCGCAAUGUUGAAUGUAGUCACAUUCUUUCCACAUGGAAACGCCAAUGAUUGGCAAAUUCUGGGCUGGAAGAGUACGCUUCGUUGGAGGUUCUUGGAUGAGCUGCCUUCAGAUGUGAGGGAGCUGAAGUAUCUCGUUGACGGAACGUACAUGGAAGGGAAACGUGUUAAAAAUUUGCAAGGUACUAGGUUAUAGUUGAUAUGCACAUUAUAAGAAAGAUU